GAUCCGCGUCUCGACGUGGUACGACAUAGCAGUCCAUAUCCCUAGGGCGAGUACUGGUGAUCAUUCCAGCAGCGCUUGACCACGUUGCGAUAAGACAUGCAGACUCUCAUCGUUCUCUCCGCAAUUUGCGCCAUCGCGGCCGCGACGCCGGCGGCUUUGCUGGCUUAUCCCGUUGGACCAGCGGAUUCACCGGAGGUAGCACAGGCGAAAGCGGCGCAUCUCGCCACUCAGGCUUACGAGGCCGCUAGAAACACGCUCGGCUACGGAUACGCGCCCGCCCUGGCCGUUUAUGCACCUGCAAUUACGUACGGCGCGCCCAUUGGCGCGGAUGGUCGGGUGGUAGACACACCUGAGGUCGCCCAGGCCAAGGCUGCCCAUCUCGCCGCUCACGCCCAAGAAGCCGCCAAAACGUUUGGACUGAUUCCAUACGGCGCUCUAGCGUACGCCACUUCGCCUGCUUUCUACUACCCUUACGGUUACGCUCCACUUGGACCCGAUGGCAGAGUAAUAGACACCCCCGAAGUGGCGCAGGCUAAGGCCGCACAUUUAGCCGCACACGCUCAAGCGGCCGCUCGAAAUGCUAAUUGACGUGUCAGGCUAUUAUUGGAAACCGAUACCGUAUAUAUCGAUCAGGCCGAAUUCCGUCCGGAACCGUUUCUUGUCAAAUCGAAGGAGAACGUGCGACGAGAUGCAUUCUGUGCCGUGUUCUGUAUGGAUCUGAUGUGAGGUAACUUCGACAAUAAACCAUCUUCAUGUGUUUUCAGAAGAAUGUAUAUUAUAUACCUGUGUAUAUAUAUUAUGCGAUGUACUAAUUUCCUAAUAUAAAGCGAACACAUUCGUAAAUAUGUGUAACAUGCAUGUGUGGCAAUUUCACACAUUUUUUUCUCCUUCCUCUUCUAUU